GGAGCCUCGGGCCACCAUGUGCUCCCCGCGUGGGGCCGGCCAGGGGUCCUGAGGCUGGGACGGCGCGGGGUGAGCGCGCGCGGCACCCUGCAGUCUCCAGAGAAGGCCUUUUAAGUGAAACGAAUCGCCGCUGCGCCUCCAAACGCCGGGUUCCGUCUCUGGCUUCUGUGGACUCUGCUUCUACAGUAAAUGAUCCAUAAGAAAAAUUGACCAGUUCUUGCAAGUCUGAAAUCAUGGCUCAUAGUUUGGUGCUGUUCAGAGAUGUGGCUGUAGACUUCUCUCAGGAAGAGUGGGAGUGCCUGGAUUCCUAUCAGAGGAAUUUGUACAGAGAUGUGACAUUAGAGAACUACAGCAACUUGGUGUCACUGGCAGGAUGUUCCAUUUCUAAGCCAGAUGUAAUUACCCUACUAGAGCAAGGGAAGGAACCCUGGAUGGUUGUAAGGAAUGAGAAAAGAGGCUGGAGCCUAGAUUUGGAAUCCAGAUAUAACUCAAAAAAGUUAUUUAAAGGAAAGGGUAUCUAUGAAAUGGAUUUAUCUCAGUGGGAGAUAAUGGAGAGAAUUAGAAGCUGUGGCUUUGAAGAUUCCUCUUUCAGAAAAGAUCAUAGAUACAAAAAGUUAGUGGGACAAGGAGGUCCCCAAAAGGGAUAUUUCAGAGAAGUGAAAAAACCCACCUCUGAAAAAAUGUCCCCUUACAGAAAACUCAAACCUCUUACUCUGUAUCAGAGAAUUCAUAAUCGAGAGAAGCCGUAUGAAUGUGGGGAAUGUGGGAAGGCUUUUAGGGUGCGCCAGCAACUUACUUUCCAUCAGAGAAUUCAUACUGGUGAGAAACCCUAUGAAUGUAAAGAAUGUGGAAAAGCUUUUAGACAGAGCGCCCACCUUAGUCGACAUCAGAGAAUCCACACUUCUGACAAACUCUGUGAAUGUAAAAAAUGUGGAAAGAUCUUUACAUGCGGUGCAGAUCUUCGAGUACAUCAAAGAAUUCAUAUCGGUGAGAAGCCCUAUGAGUGUAAGGAAUGUGGAAAGGCCUUUCGAGUUCGAGGACAACUUAAUCUCCAUCAGCGAAUUCACACCGGUGAGAAACCCUACGAAUGUAAGGAGUGUGGGAAAACCUUUAGGCAGUAUGCCCACCUUACUCGCCAUCAGAGGCUGAAUAUUGCUGAGAAGUGCUACGAAUGUAAGGAAUGUGGACAGUCUUUCCUGUGCAGUACAGGCCUUAGAGUCCAUCACAAACUUCACACUGGUGAAAAACCCUAUCAGUGUAAGGAGUGUGGGAAAGCCUUCAGAGUGCGGCAACAACUUACACUUCAUCAGAGGAUUCACACCGGUGAGAAGCCCUAUGACUGUAAGGAGUGUGGAAAGACCUUCAGUCGUGCCUAUCACCUGACGCUCCAUCAGAGAAUCCACACUGGUGAGAAACCUUACGAAUGUAAAGAAUGUCAAAAGUUCUUCCGUCGUUACUCAGAACUUAUCUCACAUCAGGGUAUCCAUAUUGGAGAGAAACCCUAUGAUUGUAAGGAAUGUGGGAAGGCCUUUAGGCUCUUCUCUCAACUUACUCAACAUCAGAGUAUCCAUUUUGGGGAGAAACCUUACAAAUGUAAGGACUGUGAGAAGACUUUUAGACUGCUCUCACAACUUACUCAACAUCAAAGCAUUCACACUGGUGAGAAACCCUAUGAUUGUAAAGAAUGUGGAAAGGCCUUCAGACUUCAUUCCUCACUCAUUCAACAUCAGAGAAUCCAUUCUGGUGAGAAACCGUAUGAAUGUAAGGAGUGUAAGAAGGCCUUUAGACAGCAUUCUCACCUGACCUACCAUCAGCGAGUUCACAAUGUAACUAAAUAGUCAUUAGAAGGCUUUCCGUUGUGAUUCUGUGUUUAUAGACAGACAAUAAAUUCUAGAGAAGCUUUUGAACGGAGGCAUCCCUUUUUUCUUCAUGCACGUGAUGAACUUAACAUAGAAGGUUUAUUUAAAGGAAAGACUAUGUUAAUUUAAUGUAUUUGUGGAAGUCUUUCAUCAUCACCAUUCAAAUCAUGUUAAACUUUUGGAAAUUUGUUUUAGGAAGGAACACUUAAAGGAGUGAAAGGGAACACUAUUAGCAUUCAUAUAUAUGGAAGAAAUUUUGAAUAUUCUCAGGCCCCCAACAGGCCCACCAGGUUGUAUCAACACAGGAAUGUUCUACUUUCAAGGAGCAGGAAACCUGGAAUGCCACUAUUACAUAAUAUUAAGAAAUGAUGUUAUUAAGGGUGAUAAUUGCAUUGCAGUUAUUUAAAAAUGUGUGUUAGAGAAAAACUGUGACGUUUAUAAGCUAAUGAUCAGAUACAAUGUAGGAAUUUCCUUUAAAAUGCUCAUGUGAAAAAAAGUGUGGCUGCAUAGCUUAAGUUUGUCAAAGUGAUAGAUAAGUCUUAGGUAUGUGGUUUUAUUUUGUUUUUGCUAUUUCCCUUCUAUGUAUUUGAAAUUUUUCCUAGUGUUCUUUGAAAGAUAAAAUGGCUAUGAAAUUAUAAUCAAUUUGAAGUGAGUGUUUUAUUAAAUGUCUGCACCUCAGAACUUAUCGGUAUUGCCAAAACCCUAAACACUGAGCUAUUAAAUAUGUUCUACUUAUUUAUGAAAUUAAAAUUGCAGAUCUAGAUUUUAUUUAUCUCACCUGUUGCUACAUCUAUUAUAGAGCCUGUCCCACAGCACAUAAAUGUUAAAUGAAUGAGUAAAAACAAAGCAAUCACUACAACAAAAUAAAAAUUAACAGGGCACACCUGCAUUGUCUAAGGAGCGCGGAGCAACAUGUUGAGCACUUGAACCUGAGUUAUUGCAAAAUUAAAAUGUAGCUAGUUGAAAUUAAACAUUUAGAAUGCACAUGAGGUUUAGAAGACAGUUCUUUUCGAAAAAUAAAAGCAAUGUAUUUCAGUUAUUCAGCAUUUCUCUGCUGUAAUUGGGAAGCUGUGACAGUCAAAAGAAUUGCAUCAUCACAUAAUACAGAACCCAGUUUUAAGUGUUUCUGCACCCAGUCUGUAUACUUCCUUAGGGAAGCCUUCUUGAUUACACCGAGUCAUGCUGUUUUUAUCCUCAUGCAAGUUAUCCCAUGUUUACAGUUGAUUAGUUUUCACAGACUGUGUUUAGCCUGUAGAGGUUUGGGGAUGCAAAGGCCCUUUUCUACUCUGUCCUGUUACAUUCAAGCUUGCAAUGCCUCAAGGAAUAAAAUUCUCUUAAAAUUAUAUUUCCUAUACAUUUUACUGUAUUUUAUAUGCCUAGGGGUCACUCAACCAGAAAAGAAAUCAACAGGCUUUUCUGGAUACUGGCUUCCCUAUGAGGCUGCUGUUAGAAAAAUGGCUUAAAAUUCUUAGAAACCCUGCUUCUGACUGUGCCCAGUGCUUGUAUAAAUAAAUAAAUCAAUCUUAAAAAAAUAAAAUAAAUAAAAACUUCUUUAUGUCCCAGAAUUGCUCCCAAGUUCCCCCCAUUUCUGGAGGUAUGCCAUCCAGCUUCCUACUGUGUACCCUAGUCCUGUCUAGAGCAGAGGUGGAACCAACAUGCAGUCUCUCCAGAGAUAAUUGACCAUCACUUCUCAGAUCUGCAAUUUGAUGGGAGAGAAUGAUUCCAUUUGACUUUGCACAGGAAAGAUCUGAGCUUUUCUAUAGACCUAAGUCUACAU